AUGUCUUUCCUCCGUGCGGGCUUCCCCGCCCUGCUCGUGUGUCUGGUGCUCCUGCCGCAGGUCCACGCUUUCGGUGCCGGCAACAUCGCAUCCAUCUCCGCCGUCGAGGGCAAGAACUGGCGUCAUGGUGACAUCGAAGAUAUGCUCAAGACCGUCGCCUUCAUCGCCGGUCACAAAUGGACAUCGACCCAGAUCAAGCGCGUCUACUUUGGCAAUUGGCUGCGUGAUUACUCUCAAGCAAUGGAUGUCGGGACCUUGAAAAAUCUCCAGUCCGACACAAUCCGCGUGCUUGUGUGGGUCCUCUCGUUCCUGACUUUCGGCUAUGCGACGGGCGAGUUCGAGGUGACCUCCGAGCGAUUGGGCGUCUACCGUCCUGAGGAACAUAUUGAUAACCCCAAGGACUACGCCGAUAAUGAAGAUGCCCGCCAGUACGACAAGCGUCUACGACCCCCGGUCCGCCAGGUCGAGCUCGAUAUUGACCAGAAUACUGGUAUGAAGAAUUAUAUUGCCAAUGAGCGUGGUGAUUGGGCCACUAGUGCCGCCUAUGUUAAGUACAGUCUGGAGCGCAGCAUCCACUAUGGGCGUACGUACAUUCAUGGACAACAAAAGGGCAAUGAAGAUGACCUAUGUGAGGCUCUCCGUUGUCUAGGUCAGGGUCUUCAUACGCUUGAGGACUUUGCGGCCCAUACCAACUACUGUGAGCUGGCUUUGCGCGAGAUGGGCUUCCAAAAUAUUUUCCCUCAUACCGGCACUGCCACUCAGAUCAAUAUCCAUGGGCAUCACGUCUUCCCGCUGGUGACUGGAACCUUUGGCAUGGUCGAUUUCUUCCACUCAGUCCUGGGUGAGGCUACUGACCAUUUCACUCAGUCCGAGGUCAACGAGAUGGACAUUGCACUUGGCGAUGCACAGACCGAAUCUCAAUCAAGCAACUCCCUCAAUGCUCUUACUGGCUUGCUGGGCAAAAUUCCCGGAACCAGGGACCUUGUUUCUGAAGCUGAGAAUUUGAAGCAGAUGUCUGAGGCACAGGAGACGAGUAAUCGCUCCCGAGGCUCGCACAUGGGCUACUCUGAUCGAGGACUUGAUAGUCAGGGCUCGAGCCGUGCUCCAAGCUCUAACCAGCCUUCCGUGGGUGGUCCAGGUCCGGGACUCUCGGGCAUGCCCGACUUUAAUCCUCAAGAGACCGUAUCGAAGAUCUAUCCCAUUCUGGCUUUCCGUGACAAGGUGGUCCGAAAGCUGAGCUCGAUUAUCGAGAAGAUUCCCGGCCUGGAGGCCAUCAUUGAGAAGAUCACCGAGACUCUGACUGUCUUCAUCAUGUCACUUCUCGCUCCAUUCAUCCGACCUCUCAUUAACGCUGCCUCUAAGUCUCUCCAGGCUGGUUCUGCAGGCGUUGUUGACGCGUCUGGCAAGCACCAGUACGAGCCCUGGACCGAUCCUCACUGUACCGAUCCCACCCACUCCAUGCUCUCCAAGGACCAUUUCGCGAACGUCCUAAACGAGCCUGCCGGCCAGGUAGCCUCCGCUAUUCUCAAGUACGUUGCACCUCGCGUGUUAUACGCCUGGCAGCACGUCAACGUCCCGGAGCACGAGGUCCUAGAAGACUGCAUGAACGUAUUCCACCACCCCGCCCUACGAAACAUGCACAACGAAGCCCAUCGAACAAUGUAUGAAGCAGUCCAGAGCUGGGUCCACUCCCGCGACGACCGCGGCCACAACCUAAACAACAUCCUCAGUGCUGAAGGCGUCAGAGCAGGUCGCAACACCGGUGGUAUUCCCCACACUCACGGCGGCGGCGGCGGUGGCUUUGCUGCUCUUGGUGGUGGCUCUCAUGGACAGAACCAUGGACAGAGCCAUGGCCAGUCUCAGGGAGGCUCGUCGCAGUCAUUCUUCUCCCAGUUCUCAAGCCAGUCUCAUUCCCAGCAGGGACAUCAGAGCUCCUCUGGCUUGCCUUGGGAUAAGUUGUCUAGUUUGCCGAUCCCUGGCAUUUCUAACUUGAAUAAGCUGAACAAGCUCUCGAAUAUGAUUCCAGGCGGACUGUCCAGGGAAGUUGAGGAUGAGGGUGUUGGACAUGGUGAACAUGGUCAUCAGCAGCCGAGGUAUCAGGAGCAGCAGUCGAUGUGUCAGGAGCAGUAUCAGCAGCAUCAGCAUCCUGAGCACCACGAGCACCAGCACCAGCAUCCUCAUGGCCAGCAUCACGGCCAGCACCACGGCCAGCACCACAGUCAGGGUCAUCAUGGCCAACACCAUGGGCAUGAGGGACACGGAUCUCACAGUGGACAUGGAUACUAG